AUGAAGUUGAUCGUGCUUGUGUUAGCAGUCGGUUGCAUUCUGUGUUUUGUCUCUGCCAACAUCAAAGCGAUCGAGCCAAAGUUCGUGAAAUCAAUAGCGAAACUCAAUCAUCCUUCGCAAAGCGGCAGUGAUAACGAUAAAUGUGGAUGCCAUGAGAUCGUAGACAAGCUUAAGAAGGUCAAAUCGAACCUGUGGAAGCUUAUUUUGAACCUAAGUAAUAAGUAUGGUGCCGUGUACAGUGAUCUGGUUGGCAUGAAGAAACACGUGAAAAGUGUGUCCUGGUACGUUGAUCAUCGGAGACGUCGGGCAUUGAAGAUUAGCACCAUUAUCAACGAUCAGCUGUUGGGUGCUUCGAUCACGCUGGCACAAAUCAUGCAUACGGUCAGAGAUCUUACCAUCAAUCAGCAGAAGUCGGUAACAAAGACCUAUCUUACCGAAUCAUUUCUGGUUUUAGAAAAGCGUCUUGUAGUUAACAAACGUCCAGCAUCUUGGAUCGAUAUCGUGUACACGUCUUGUGACGAUGCGCGCAUCACUCAAACUGGCACAUACUUGGUGCAGGAUGCAUUCGGUGAGCCUACCAAACUGAUUUGCGUGCUCGAAUUCCAACCGGGCGCAUACACCGUCAUCCAGAACCGUCACGAAGGAUCGACCGAUUUCUAUCGCGGCUACAGCGACUACAGAGCUGGCUUCGGAGAGUUCGAUGGCGGUGAUUACUGGUUGGGUCUGGACCGACUCCACAACAUCACUGCUUCCGGUGACUACGAGCUAAUGAUCCUGUUGGAGGACUUCGAGAAGAAUGUGACCUACGCUCACUACGACAAUUUUGCCAUCGGAUCAAGCAACGAUUUCUAUCCGAUCACCAAACUGGACGGAUACAGUGGUACUGCUGGUGAUUCUCUUCGAUCGUUGGUAGGUGUGCUGUUCAGUGCUUACGAUAUCGAUGUGGACAACAGCGACGGCAACUGUGCCGUAUUAAAUCGUGGUGCUUGGUGGUACGAUAAUUGCGGUGAAAGCAAUUUGAACGGCUUCUACCUGAAGGGUCUGUCGAGAAGUACCACCGGUAUGUUCUGGGGGACUUUCCGCGGUGCCUACUACAGUCUGAAAAGGACCCGAAUGAUGGUCAAACGCAAGCAAUUGAUAACAACUACCGAAGCUUCGACAACGACGUCUACAGAAAGUACUUCUAUGACUACGACAACUGGUGAAAGUAGCUCUACAACUAGUUCUUCUACUGACGCUUCGAUCACGACGUCUACCGAAAGUGUCCCUGGGUCAACCACAACUGGUGCUACUACUUCUUCAACUAGUACGGAUGCUACCUCGAGUUCCACGUCAACUACAGUUGCUGGAGGUUCUUCUACUGACGCUUCGAUCACGACGUCUACCGAAAGUGUCCCUGUGUCAACCACAACUGGCGAUACUACUUCUUCAACGAGUACGGAUGCCACCUCGAGUUCCACG